AAAAGUGGAUUCUGUUUUUGUGCGGCGAAGAAGAGGAGACAUCCUAAAAUCUCUGUGCGCGCGAUGCUGUUGGUUUAAUGAGGCUGGAUUAAAUACACACGCAUUAGGAUGGAGUGCUCGGGCGAUGUGCUUCUGCAGCAAGCAGAGUGUGUGUCUCUCCACUCGGGUGUGUUGUUGGGAGGUGUGUGUUCAGGACUGCUGCUGGGAAUGAUCGCUGCCGUACUUAUACACACACUCCUCUUUAAACCCUACUGUCUGUUUGCAAAGUCUAAAGGUGACCCGUGGAGCCUUAUGGAUGUGGAUGAGAGAGACGAUGAAAAGGAGCAGGAUGGCGUGGGAAGGAACAUAGAGCCUGCUGAAACAGUGAGCCACACAGACAGCCCUGUGAUCAAUGACGUCAGUGCGUUUGCGCUGAAGGCGAGGGUGGUCUAUCCCAUCAAUCAGAGAUACAGACCAUUAGCAGAUGGAGCCUCGGAUCCCUCACCCCAUGACUCCACCUCCUCAUCUUCUGAUUGGCCGGAUGAGAGCGGAGAUGAGGAUGAGAGCGUUUCGUCUGGUCCCGCCCACAAUACACAUGCGAACCUCACGUUCAGGAGAGCGCAACACUAUGCACACACACUUUCCUUCCCUGAUGAUGAGAGGAGACUCAGUCUGCUGUGUGUGACGCUACAGAACCUUCAUCAACAUAUGGCUCAGUUACAGAAGGAACAGUGGGGGAUUUUCCUCCAGAUUGUACAAGCUCUGCUCAGCACAGAGGAUCGACUCAUACAGCAGCAAGAGAAGGAAUUAGAGAAGUUGAAAAAGGAAUCAUCUUCUGGACUGGACAGAUCCAAGAUGGGGGCGGAGCCAAUCUGUUCCAUAGAAGAAGUGGAAACGGCAGGAAGAGAGAAACUGGAACACACACUGCAUAUGGCUCUGAGUUUUGCUAAACAGUUGGAGCGGCUUUGUCAACAUUUCCAUAGCAGCAAGCCAAAUGAUGUCACACAGGAAGUGACACAUACACUAGUCAACUGCCUGCUGCUGGUGGAAAAGCAGCUGAAAGACAUUCAUUCCAAUAUCAUUCAGACGCUGUGGGACAGGCAGCAGUGGUGGGAGGAGUUAUCUGGUUGGCUAAGAAUUAGGACUGCUAUAAUGAGGCAGGAGGCGGAGCUUAUAAUACAGCUCACCAGCCAAUCAGUGGAGGAGCUGACGGCUGAUGGACAGCUGGAGUUUGAUAACAUGGAGAAGCUGAUCAGUGAGCUGCAGAGUGUGACAAGCAAUGAGCUGCAGCGCUACACUGAAAAAGUCACAGAUCACACUCUGCAGCUGGUCAGUGAUCACUGUAGGAAGACCGAUGUGAGGAUGAGGAAGAUGAUAAAGGCUCAGAGCAGAGAGAGUCACAUGAUCCAAUCACAUGAUCAUCAAGAUGCUCAGCAGGUUGCCAAGCUGAUGGCAGAGCUGAGGUUAAAACACUGGACGCAGAGACAAGAGUUUGAGCUACAGCAAGACAGGAGCGUGUCCGAUGCUGUGUGUGACCUGUGGAAGAAAUUGUUCUGUAAUUUUUCGGAAAGAAUCAGGAUGUUGUGGCGAGAAUGUGUUGUGAGCAUGCUUACUACAAGCUCCGCCCUUUCUGAGGAACACAGCUGCACACUUCUUAACAACAUGGAGCUUAAUUUGACCAAUCAAAUGCAGCAGAAGGAGAGCCACGCCCACCAACAGCUGCAGAUGCUCAGAGAGCAGCUGGCGCAAAGCAAACAGAUUUGGGCUGAACAGGAAGCAUUAGCUACUGCUGCAGUUAAUCAUCUAGGCAACCAGAACAUGAAGGUUACUGUAGCAGUGAUUACCAGGCAGAAAGACCUAAGGGACAGUGUUGCAGUGAUUGAGGGAAAACAGCGCCUCCUGCUGUCAGACCUCCAGCACCACUUAACAACUCAACACUUCUAUAACACAACACUGAGAGAGAUGACGGCUACACAGCUCUCAGACACAGACACACAGAGCCUCCAGCAGGAGCUCCUCUCAGACCUCGAAACAGCCUCUGAGCUCCUCCGAAGCCACGCCCAGUUUCUGAUUGGCCACGCCCUCGCCCACAAUGUUCGACUGCGAUUGGUCGCUUCAGUACCCUCUGACAAGACACCAGCUGAUGAUGGACAGAAGGUGCAGCUGAUGAAGGCGCUGUGUGACAGUAUGUGCGUUUCGCAUGACUCUCUUAACACUCUCAUAAAGAACUACUGCUCUCACCUUCAAACGGUCGUCACGGCAACGCAGCUCCGCCCACCACAACAACACUCACAGUUGAGAGAGAGAUGGCAGAAGACAGCGGAGUGUGUGAGAUCUCUACAGAGGGAGCUCAACCACUGGGCUAGAAAACCGCACUCAGCCGAGUUCUACAGGAGAGUCGAGCAGCAGAAGCAACGUUUUCUCUCUCACUGUGAGGAGGAGUGUGUGUGUGACAGGGUAGACCUGCAGCACCAGACACAAACCAUCAGUCAGGAGCUUCAGAAAGAAGAGGAGAGUUUCCUGUCUCGACUGGCAGCUCUAACAAGAGUUCCUACGACAAACACACAAACAAAUAGACAUGCAGGUGCAGAGCAGAGUGUAGUGCCACUGAAGUGCAGAGAGAACCAUCUGUAUUCCACACUGCCCACUGCAGCAGACUGAUAAGCAGUACGGCCUGACGAGAGACUGCAGUCUUGACCUGUGUUUUUUUUUUUAAUAAAGUUUUUUUGAA